AGCUACCUCAUGGUCUCCCUGCUAGAAAGGGACAGUCCUCGUAAAACAGCUGGACUUUGCCUUCGACUUAACAGAAUGCAACCAGAAAAAAUGGAUAAAUCUGCGAGUUUCGAACGGCACGUAUUCAAAAACGCUUCAGUUUACCAUUAUAUGAAGAUUGCUCUGAUAUUGGAGAAUGAAAACAAAAGGAUGAACGCAGCCCAUUUCAAACAGCUCAUCGUCUCUGCACUUAAGGACCUUUAUGGAGAGAUCGGAGCUGCAUUUCCUUUUGACGUUUUGAAAUUUGAGGAAAAUACACUGACAGCAGUGCUACGAGUCUAUAACAGUGGUUUGGUGAAGUUGUGGAGUGCCCUGACAUUACUAGGAUCCUACCAGAGUGAACCGUGUGCUGUCCGGGUUACACAGGUUUCACCAUUUCUGCUAGCUUUAAGUGGAAACAGCAGAGAACUGGAGCUGGACUAAGAUGCUUUUUGUUACUGUGGAAGAAAGCAGCACAAACCAAAAAUGACCUGCCUUUUGACACCUCAGCCACAAUUAGCCGUCCUGUCAGACUGCCUGCAAAACAUCUCCUGCUACACUCCUUUGAUGUCAAAAUUCUCAUCAGGGAGUGAGCCAUGCUGACGAAGGCUUUCAGAGCUGAGGGUUGCUGCCUAUUUAGAACUGGCUUUAAUGUGACCACCCCACCAUCCGUGUCAACCACGGUCACUCCACGAUGACCUCAGGAAAAAAAUCCCAUUGUUCAGCGUGUGCUGAUUGAUGGGCUUAUCUCAGUUGUUCUGGGGACUAAAAACCCAGGCAGCGGGUGAAUAUUUCUCUCAGGAAAUUUGUUUUCCUGUACCUUUGUACAUCAGGGGAGAUGGUGUUGGCAGUGAAGAGAAGCAAAAAUGAUCACGAUUUGCUUUGUCUUCAUUUCUGUUUCCUGCCUUACUGGAAGGGGGGGGGGUACAUGGUCAUGGUGCAAGAGGUCAAGCAUACUGUUGAACUCAAGUCCUAGAGAAGUCCUUAUGAGUAACAGCAAAAACACUUACCGUCAGAUUUAAUUUGUCAUUAUCUGGGGAGAAAAAUGCUUUGGGUUUAGGUGAUCCUUUCAACUGAUUCUCUGAAUGCCGGUAUACUUCUAAUUCUGGACCAGUCCAGAAAGGCCUUAAGUUUUCCCCUUUCAUCAGAAUCUUUCAGUUAGUGCUGGCUCUGUGGCCCUAAGGAUCAACACUAGGUGGCCCUUUGCUGUUGUUCCAUUACACUUUUCAUCAGCUCCUCCGCUGACUGAAUGAGUAGCCAAAUGUGUAUGAUAUUCUAAGGCCAGCAUAAACCACCCUUGUAACUUCAGUGUACCUGCUGUAGAAAUAAAUUAUGUAAUUGUACAUGUAUAUCUUUUUUUCCCAUGGCAUAAAGUACAUAUGUUCUGAUAGCUAAAACUGGUCUUUGACAGCUGCCCAUUUAUGGUUCUCACACCACCUCAGAUCCUUAAAAAAUAGCCAUGGUACUAGAAGAGAUUAUGUAAGGAUAACCCAAUAUUUAAUUGAAAGAUGGCUGUGAGAAGCAAAGUCUUAACCUAACUAUGGAU